GGCAAAAGGAGAAGAAGUUUGUGAAAAGAGAAAUAUAUAUAUUCAUUUUAAGACGAUAAAACCAAGAGAUUGAAGGCAUGAGAAGAGAAGUGAGUUAAACUAGCUGAGGUAAUGUCUUGUUUGCUCAGCUGUCAUGACCCCAUAAGAGGAAUAGUCCCAUUUUCUGUACACAAAAACAGGAAGCAACCCUCUUCUCCUUUCCAGAUCAGAUGACAAAAAAGAGGCAAAAAGGAAGAGAGAGUGAAUCAGGCCUGAAGAGGAGUUUGAGACAUGUCAAAGCAAACUACAACAACCAUAGUUGGAGGUGCUGCAGGGGCAAUAGCAUUCAUAGUAGUGGUCAUAGGACUUGUUUGGUUCUGCAAGUUUCACUGGCAAAAGUUUACAAACAAGAACUCAGACACAGGUUCAUCAGAUCCAUCUGCACUGGUGGAAUGGAAUAGAAGGGGAGAGAGCUCAUCAGGUGUGGAGCAUCUGUCUCCAUUUGGACCAGUUGGAGCAAGGCAGUUCACAAUGGAGGAGUUGGAACAAGCUACAAAACACUUCAAUGAAAGCAACCUCAUUGGUUAUGGAAGUUUUGGCACUGUGUAUAAAGGUUUUCUCCAUGAUGGGUCUGUUGUGGCUAUCAAAAGGCGUGCAGGUUCGCAUAGACAAGAAUUUGCUGUCGAGGCAGCUUCAUUUUCAGAGAUUCGUCAUCGAAAUUUAGUUACUCCACUCGGCUACUGCCAGGAAAGUGGAUCCCAGAUGUUGGUUUUUGAAUAUUUGCCAAAUGGCAGUGUGUGUAAUCACUUGUAUGAUACUGGAAAAGAUCCACCAACUAGACUAGAAUUCAAGCAAAGACUAUCCAUUGCUCUAGGAGCAGCUAAAGGUUUAUGCCACUUGCAUAGCCUAAGGCCUCCAAUGGUGCAUAAGAGCUUCAAGACAGCCAAUGUUCUAGUUGAUGAGAAUUUCAUUGCCAAGGUUGCAGAUGCAGGAGUGGCAAAGCUGCUUGAAAAGAUCGAAGAAGCAGGUCCAUCCCGCUUGUCUAGUGUCAAUGUUUUCCAAGAUCCAGAGAUAGGAACAACAUCUGAGGCUGCAUCUCAAAUGAGUGACGUGUACAGCUUUGGAGUGUUUCUUCUGGAGCUUGUGACUGGACAAGAGGCCUUGCGCAAUGACAUAUUAGGAUCCAAUGAAAGCUUAGUUCAAUGGGUGGAAUCAAGAUUGAGUAUAAAUAAUUUUGUGGACCACCGUCUGGCCGGAAGCUUCACACUAGAGGCAAUGAGGGAUUUGAUCAAGUUGACUCUACACUGUAUGAGUUUUCCAGGAAAAAGGCGGCCAAAGAUGGAAAGAGUUGUGGCUGAACUAGAAAGAAUUCAAGAGAAAGAGAUGGCACUAACAACAGUCAUGGGGGAAGGCACUACCACAACAAUCACACUAGGAAGUCAACUAUUUAGUUGAAAAAUGAAGCCUAUAAAUCAAUAAAAAAAGAGAAGAGAAGCAAAGUUGCUGGUGGGGUUGCUCAUAAUGCUUGUGCUAAACUUAAAAGUUUACCACAAGAAUAAUCAAACAACUUGGGCUGGGGUAGAAAAUUGUUUUUGGGGACGGGAAGACAUAAAGUGAAGCUGAUUAUUUUAUAUAGAAUUAUAUGAAUUGUUCAAAAUCACAACAAAGUAAAAAAAAUUAGCAGCCAUUUGAUAAAGAAAGUUUGCAUAGUACCACUGUAGUAGCUUUGUCUGUAAUUCAUUAAAUUGAAAUAUAUGUCAUUGUUUGGCACUACUGAGACAGUCAGUCACAAGACUCAAAAUUAAUAAUAUUCAUAACAUUUGGAUCUUGUGUUGGUAA